CCCCUUGCGGUAGAUAGUGGUAACCCUUCCCCUGCUCGAUGACGCGCAAUCAUAAAACCCGCGAACAAACCAGUCCAAACCAGUCCAAAAGCUGCCCCAAACGUGCACCCACCCCCCAGAAACACGAGAAAAUGAGAAACGAGGGAAAUGGAAAAUGGAAGAGAAAAAACGCGACGCGUCUGUCCUCCUAUCUAUCUUUCUGCCUGCGAAGUUGUCACGGAUCCGAAACCAAAAAACAAAACAGUACCCAUUAUGUAUCGGACCACUUCCCCCCCAAGCCCCAAGCCGGCCGCCCGGCUGUAAGCGCCUCAUCCCGAAAGCUUAGCUUAGCUUACCACUUACCAGCCUUCUUCCCUUCCCUUCCCUUCCCCUUCCCUUCCCUUGCGCGCCCGCCCAGUCCAGCUGGGCAAACCAGUGGGCGCGCGGGCAGUGGGCAGUGGAUAGACGGAUGCGUGGAUGGAUGCGUGUAUGGAUGCGUGGGUAGGUGGAAGGAAGGAAGAACCCGCAUCAUGUCAUGCAUGCGUGCGCAGGCAGGCAGGCAGGCAGAGUCAAGGCUGAGUGAGGUGAGUGAUAGAUGGGGAGUGCCCAGGCAACAGCCUACCUCCAUAUCUACCUGCUAUGUACUCUACAUAUCAUACCGUACCCUUUCCUUCCUUCCUUCCUUCCUUCAUCGCUCGAUCCAAUCCAAUCAUACCGUAUCUCUAGUAUCUACAUAUCAUCAUCCAUGGCAUGGAAACUGGACAUGUGAACUGAACCGAACCGAACUGAUUGAUAUGCAUGUUCCCAAUUCGCAUCCCCAUCCCGUCCCGUCCACCAUAUCAUUACAUGGAGUACAUACCUAGAUACCGUAUCCACAGCCAUGAGCGAAGCCGCAAAUCCAGUGCCAAAAAUAACAAAAAAAAACCAACCCCCAGCGUUUGCAAGAAGAAAAGACAUAAUCA